AUGCUAAAAAUCCCACGGAGUUACAAACGGAGUGGUUUUAAGCGGAAAAAACGGCAGCUAUUUUAUGAACAUGAAGUUCGCCAAAGCUCACUAGAGACGAUAAUACCGAAGGAGCUGACUGAAGGAUACGCGAGGAAAGAGGAGACUGAGAGUGGAACAUACAGGGUGAUCGACGAGACUUAA